GAAUUCCUGGCCAAUGACGAUGAGGCUGUCCUGAAGCUCGUAAAGGAGUGGGGAAAGGACGCAGUGAAGUUCCACAUCGAGCAGGUCACAGGCAAAACGCCGGAGGAGGAGAAGAGCGCCGAGGAAAAGGCGACUGAGUUCAAGGAGUAUUUCGGUCUGGAGAUGCCCGAGCUGAGUGCGGGGAUGAAGCCUGCGGAGGUGGAGGCAAAGCUGAACGAAGUGGUGCAGCAGGGCAUCACGGAGAAAGCCGCCUCCUACGAGGAGUUCCGUCCCGGAUUCGCGGUCGAAGCCGCGCGUAUCGCCACGGUUGUGACCAUCGAUGACGAGUGGAAAGCUCUGCUGCAGAAGAUGGACGCAUUGAAGCAAACAGUCGGCCUUGCGGCGUACAAGGGUUCCGAGCCCCUGAAGGAGUAUCAAGUUCAGGGCUUCAGGAUGUACCAGAAGGUUGAGAACAAGUACAAGGCCCGAUCGGUGAGCCGAUGGCUGAGAUCAAAGCCGAAGAAGGACGCCAAGCAGGAGUCGUGA